AUGACCAGAAAGGUCCACUCAGCAGUGCAGAUGGACACGGUCCUUAAGGGGGAGGUUGGCACCCAGACUCGGACCGUGAGCGUAUCGACAGCCGCCAUGCAGACUCAGUCACUGUUCCAAGCCCAAGUAGGUUGCCAAACCCGUAGAGUGGUCACUCUUGGGAGGGAGGUUCAGACCAACCCACAGCUACGGCCUAGUCGGAUGACGCAGACUAGACUGCAGUCUCGAGUGGCCGGGACGCAGACCCCAGUGCGACGCUUGGUGUCGGCAGGUGUCAUCACAGAUCGGAUCGAGUCCUUCGAGGUCGACAGUCAGACCUGCAGGGUGGAGACUGUGGAGGGAGGGGCUCAGGUCCAGCUGGAGGUAUCAGAAACAUCAACGCAGACAACGAUGCCCUCUGGGGUAACUUCCGGGUCUCAAACUGAAGUGGUCGGUGGAAUUGGUGAUGGUGGUGAAGCCAAGUUUGACGUUGGUGUCCAAGCAGAGCCGUCGGACAGUUCCGAGCCUGUGGGCGCUGGAGGAUCUUCACACACGGUCAGCACAGGCGUGCAGACGAGUGAGGAGGGCCAAAGGAGCGAAGACGGACCCAUCACUACCACUCACGAUGCAGAGUGCCAGGCAAUGGUGAUGGUUGAAGGAGUAACAGUGGGAGUUCAGACGGAUGAUCUCAUCAGGCUUGACGGUACUACAAGCCCACUGCACGCACAUACAGUGGACGUGGUCGAGCAAGAGGUGCAGACGGGGCUAGUCGAGUCGAUGGCCCCUACGGCGGUGGAGGUUGGCAAGGUUAUAGAGACUGUGAGUAUUGGGUCUAUCGAGUGGGACGAUGUGGCACGGCCUACCAUCAGAAGCUCGAUCAUGGCUAGCUCUGAGGUCCAUCGGAUAGCCCCAGUUCCGCAUGUCUGGCCAGAGGGGCCGAGCUCAUCGAUAGAGACAUCUGUCAGCGAGGGAGUACCGAAGACCACCACUGGGCGGCUCUUACCAGCGCGGUACCGGGGCCAUCCUCAUGAUGAAG